GCAAUUGAGCUUUGAACAGAUCUAGGAGAGACAAAAGAUCCUACAGACAAAACGUAGCAGUGAGAGGGACAGCAAAGGUGUACGUUCUGCAACAGCUGUAUACUGGCAGAAGUACGGGUUUCUAGGGAGGAUUUUGCUUGCUGGUUCAAGCUUAAUCCUUGCUCGGGCGCUUCAAGCGCCGGUCAGAGAUCUGUCCGUUUGAAAGAUCUGGAAGGCCAACAGGUGGUUGGUGGUUUGCAACGUUGUCAUGAGCACGCCGUUGUUGGCAGGCCUCGGCAUUGCGGUCGCUGCCUAUGGGAGCAAGUACGCUCUUGAGGCGCUUCAGCGGUACCGAGCGCGGCCGCCGGUUGCAAGGAUUCGCAAGUACUAUGAAGGAGGCUUUCAGCCGGUCAUGACCCGACGAGAAGCCGCGUUGAUUCUCGGUGUCAGGGAGAGCGCUGCCUUGGAGAAAAUCAAGGAUGCACAUCGAAAAGUGAUGAUUGCGAAUCAUCCUGACUCGGGCGGAAGCGACUUCCUGGCCAGCAAAAUCAACGAAGCGAAGGAUCACCUGAUGGGGCAGACAAAGGGCAGCGGAUCACCAUUUUGAAGCUGUUUUCUCCUUGAGUUUGGCUUCUUUCUCUGACAUGUACAUAUGAAUCUUAGGGAGCUGACAAGCGGAGUUUGUUUGUUGGACGACAGUACAAUUGAGGAGAGCGCAUCUAGAGAGAGCAAGGUGGCAGACGUACUGCUUCUUGUCAGACAUAGACUCAAAAAGUGGCACAUUGCCGAUCGAUAUAAAGAGGUCGUUUGCCAGGUCAAGCGUUGAAUCGUGGUAGUUGACGGGUCAUUAUCUGACUCAAGACGGAAGUCAUAUUGAGGGUAUGGAUGAGAGCUCUGGAACGGGCUGGGCUUGCGUUUUUCUGAUCCGAACUCAAGUCAUUGACAUGCCAUCUUCAUGGGAUCCAGG